AUACACCUGUUUCUCUCUUUCCAGUUAUGCCCAAACUUGUCUUUCGUUCAUUUAUCUGCACAUCCAUUCUACUCCAUUCAAAAUCACCAAUACUAUCUGACGUCACUGGGGAAAGAAAAUAUUUUAGAAAUGGCUGGAGGUUGUCAAAUCGAGUUCACACAUCGUCUCGUUCGCUUUUCGUUUUGCUUUCGUUUUGUCGAUUUUGUAUAAAAAAUUUAUUCAAAAAACAUGAAUUCAAUUAAAUAAAUCACUAAACUCUGUGUUUUUCAUGAAUAUACAUCAUUUUUCGUGAUAUUUCAUCAAAUAAAUUGUAAAAACAAAAAUUGCAAAAAAAGUGGUAUAUUUUUUUCGCCAUCGUCACACAGAUAUACACACACCCACACACUUCUCUAUAUAAAAUAUUCAACAUCAAAUUUUUGUUUAUUUGAUUUUCGUUAAAAAAGAAGAGCUCAGAUAUAUAAAACAACUAUUGGUGUAAGUAGUGUCGUUAAGGUGAUUUUGUUGUUGAAAAGAGCAAGAAAAUCCCCAAUAAAUACAACAAAAAAAAAAAAGUAAAAGAAGAUUAAACGAAGAAAAACAGACGAGAGUGCCCAGAAAAUUUUUCGUGUACCAUUUUUUUCUUUAAAUUUUCACAUUUUCCUCCUGCGACCUGCUGACUCGAAAACACACAUCAAGUCGCAUCGCGGAUAAAAUAAUUUGCUUAAAAAAAUAGCAGAAAAAAAUAAAAGAAAAAAAAAAAACGGGCUAAAAGUUGAAAAAGUUCUGUUUGUGUUUUUGAUAAUUUCUGUGACACAAAAAAAAAGUAAUAAAGUGAACUUAAAAAAACGGGAUUAAAUACAGGAGCUCUUGAAGGUGAAACCGAAACCCUGAAACAACCUUCUUUUUUUUGCCUAGAGAGAUAGAAUGCGUUCCCAAUUAAACUCAAUUUGAGGCACACACAAUUCAAUUGAUUGCUGUUGUAUGUGCUGUAAAUCGUGCGUGUGAAUACUGAAUACCAGAAAAUAAUGAUGCUUCAGUUGUUUCACUCCUUAUUGUCGUCGUUAUCGUUGCAUAUUCUAAUUGGGAAAACUCUUACAAUAUCGAUAUAACUUGUUGCUAAAAAAAAAAAAGAUUAAAUUAUUCGUGUCGUAAAAAUAAAUUAUAAAAAAUUUAUAUUCUCUCGUUGUGUAUCGUUGUCGUGGUUCUUUUUUUUGUAUUUAAAACGAUUAAAUAGAGUUUCUCUCUAUUACCGUCCUCGUCGUUAUUUGUCCUCAUCCUCAUCAUCAACCAUUACCACCCUUCUUCAUAUCAACAAUAACAGUCAACAGCACCGUGGUGCACGAGCAGUUCCAAUAAAUACAAUUUUAUUGUUGCAUUUUACAUGCAUUUAAGUUUUUAAUACGCGCAGAUGAGAGAGAGGAAUAUUCAGCGCGCUAUAUUUUUGCUCAGUCAAUUUUAUUUAGUUGAAUUUAUAACAUUCUCUAAUAAAUUUUGGAAUUUAAAAAUCAAAUAUAUAAACCAUAAAACUGCAUUAAUGUGGUCAAAAAUAAAUAGCAAAGAUUUAAUAUGGAUAUAAUUUCAACGGAACGAUUAAUGCCUUCAUCAGGAGAAGACGACAGCGAUGUUGAUCUCGUAACGGAUUUCCUCAGUGCAAAUGGCAGUACCGAUGCCGGAGGAGCUUGCGGUGGUCCGUGCAUGAUUGAAGGUGCUCUUAACAACGGCAAACCCACAACAAGUAGUAAUCUCAAUUCUAGCAGAGGAGGAGAUACUAUACCAAUGAGCAGCAGUAGCAACAAUUCCAAACAAAAUAACAUCCAAAAACUCAAUAAUAUCACACAAUACCAACCACACAGUCUGCCACCCUCUCAGCCACCACCUCCACCGCCACCCAAUCUUCAUACAGCUCCAGCAACAGGAGCCCCACCUCCGCAAGCACCACCGCACAUCAUUCCGGCAAUCAAUACUCCACCGAUAACAAACAAUAUUAACAUGGUGCCAAUAAUCAGUGUCACCCCUCACAGUCCGGGCGCCAAAUACAAUAGCAUCCUAGAGGACACGUUGAUUCAGUUGCAAAAUAUCCGUGAGAGCGUUGUGCAAAUGAAGAACUCAACCGUUCACAUGCAGGGAUUCCCAAAUAACUAUUCCUUAGUGAAUAGCGCUGUGCUGAGCUCAUCCAGAUUGUUUUCGUCGUGUCCCUCGUUGCCGGAUUUAACUGCGGCAACGGGAAAUUGUAAUAUAUGGUCACCGCAACAGUAUUUAAUCAAUUCGGACCGGCGAAAGUCAUGGACAGCAAUUGAAGAUCUCACGGAAUGUACAAAUAAAAGCUCACACAAAAGCAGUGUGAGCUUGUCGAGCUUAGACAGUGAAGAACAGGAAUCAAUACGUGUAGCUGAACGUCAUCGUUCGAGUCGAAAUAGUACUGGUGGAAUUUCAACACAUUCACUAAAUGAAGCUGAACUAGCGCGUGAUUUUGAGCGCAUUGCAGCUAAACGUAAUUUAGCACCUGCUCUAAUCAGUCGUAUACCAUUGCAAAAGAGCAUUUCUACACCUUCAAUUGCUCCACUGCGAAUACCGAGUGCCAAAGAAGAAAAUAAUAUUACAACAUCAAGACAUCUGUCUGAUAGUGAAGACGACAAUCAAGAUGAUCGUUCAUUAUUGUGUGUGCAUGAUAAAACUGAAGUUUACGAUCAUCCAGAGAAAAGACGAAAACGAGGCUCCCUGUUCUUUCGUAAGAAAAAAGAUAAAACAAAAACCAAAGGACAAUCAACUAAUUGUGACGCAUGUGGCGUUGUUAUUAACCUUGCAACUGUAAAAGAUCAUCAAUUCGAAUGCAAAGGCAAGACUACCCAAAAACAGUCCUCAAAAUCGAAUUCUGGCAAAAAGGGUUCAUUAAACAGCGGCAAGAAAAUGACCGGAUGCUACUCUCCUUGGAGAUUGGUUGCUAACAAAUUAGGCGUGACUUCACAUCACGCUAGUUAUUCAGAUGACACACCUUUGAUUCGAGUCGAAUUUUUAAAUGAACCGCCAAUUGGGCCACAUGAUUUGGGAGCGGAUCCAGCUUUGGGUAUAGCACUCGACGAACAUGACUCAUGGAGUCCAAGUGUGCCAAAAGAAGUUGUCAAAUCCCUUAAAGAUAAACAACAGGUUAAAAGGCAGGAACACAUCUAUGAGUUUAUUAUGACGGAAAAACAUCACUGCCAGACCCUUCUAGUCAUGCAGAAAGUUUUUGUUGAAAGUUUAGAAAGACAUUUUGCGGGAUUACAUAUCAAUCGUAUGUUUCCUCGCUUAGCUGAAUUGACUGAAUUACACACGUGCUUUCUCAAAAAACUUCGGCAAAAGCAAAGGGAAAAUUACAUCGUUGACAGCAUUGCUGACAUUUUGGUGGAUUUUUUCUCAUCAACAAAUGCCCAGAGGCUGAAAGUUGCUUAUGGGGAAUUCUGCUCAAAUCAUCGUUCUGCACUCGAUAAAUUUAAAUUUUGCAUGACAAGCGAUCAAACGUUUGCCGAAUGGUAUAAGCAUUGUCUGUCCAAUCCGCUGCUCAAGAAGAAAGGCAUUCCCGAGUGUAUUUUGUUUGUGACGCAGCGCUUGACAAAAUAUCCUCUACUCAUCGAUCCGUUGUUGAAAAGUUCACGAGAGGAUCGAGUCGAACAGGAAAAGCUACAACGAGCUAUGAAUUUGGUUAAAAGUAUGCUUGUCGAUGUCGAUGCUUGUGUAGCGGAAAAGGAAAAGCAAGAUCGACAGCUGGAGAUCUUUAGACGCAUCGAUGUUAAAUCCUAUGCAAUGUAUAAGAAUAAGCAAUUUAGGAAAUCUGAGAUUUGUGUUGGCCCCCAAAGGAGAUUAAAAUUUGAAGGCUAUGCUAUGUUGAUGCAAGGCAGAUCUAAAAUGCAAGUUGUACUGGUUGUAGUUUUGUCCGAUUGUUUAUUCUUUCUUCAAGAGAGCUCACACAAUAAGUAUACAUUCUUUACACCAGAGAAUAAGGCUGGAGUUGUAUCUCUUCAAAAGCUUCUCAUACGUGAAAAAGCUGGAACUGAAUCGCGUGGCAUUUAUAUUAUUUCUUCGAACCCUGCCUUUCCCGAAAUGUAUGAGCUUAAAGUACAACAACCAAAGGAUAAAAAUGUUUGGAUUCAAGCUAUAAGAGCUGCUGUUCUCGAAUGUCCAUCGGAUGAUAUCGAAACUGAUGAUCUUACUGCUGAAGAAAAACAAAAACUUAUUGACGCCAAACAAGCUAAUAUGAGAGAGUUAAUAGCUAUGGGAAAUAGCGAGCUAGAAGACAAAAUGCGUCAAAAAGACAUCGAACAAGCUCUCAUUCUGGAAGAAAAAAUCCUCCUUCAACUUAGUUUAUUGAAAGAGAAGAGACCAGAAUCGACUAUUCCAAGUGCCGAGGCGUUCUUAUCGAAUUUUGGAACCUAUAGAGACUUAAUUAACGAUGACUGUGAUACCAUAGAAAUAUGGAAAAGAGUAUUAAAUACUGUUCAGGAGAUUUACCUGUUAGCAUCAACCCUUUAUACAGCAGCAACAGGUCUGUCCGUAUCCCGUUCCACUAGUUCAGUUGGUGAGAAACAAAGCGAUGCAUAUGCAUCACCGAUUUUACCAAAACGAGCUGAAACCUUUGGUGGAUUCGAUGAGAAACGAAGCAAGAGUGCAUUCUCAUGCCGCGAUGUAGUCCUUUCGACAUUACCCAUGUCUCCUAUUCCAUGUCGCGACAAUCAUCAUUUAAAAGAAUCAUCUUUGUCAAUAUCAGCAAGCAAUCACUCGGAAUAUGAUUCCAAUUUAAAUAGCCUCUCUGUACAGCAGAGUGCAAUUUUGCGCAAUAAUACAGAGAAUAUCUGCCUCAAGGAUAAUAAUUAUGCUGCCCUACAGGUGUCACAUUAUCUACAAACUCUACUCUGUAUAGUGUCCCAACAAAUGACUACCAUACAGAAUUUACAAAUGCAGUUGGCCUCGUUUAGGGAUAAUCCUAAGACUCAGUAUAAGCAUAACGAUCAAUUAGAAGAGUUACGUAAUUUACAAGAUAAGUUGCAAGAAGAAAAAACUUCAUGGUUGAAGCAAAAGGAACAGCAAGAACGUGAUUUAGAAGAACAAAAAGCCGCCCAAGAGGCACUGCAAAAGCAAAUUAAAGCCGAGCAGGAGGACAUUAGGCAGCAACGUGAACAGCUUUAUCGAAAAAUGGAACUCCUAUCGAGUCAGGGAUUGUUGUUAUCACCGAGUACCCCUCUUCCUAUAGCAACUAUAGCGCCCAGCAGCACAGAUGAGAAUCAUCCGCCACACAGUAGUGGCGAUGAACAUCACUCAGUUGAUGGCAGUACUGUGGAUCGACGAAAAGACAAAUGGCGAUCAGCUUCGACAGUACCGAAGACCCCGCCAGCGAAUUUGUUGAGCGCAACUAAUGCACCCAAAGUCAACCCGGCCAGUGUUAAGCAGCAGAUUCCAAUGAAACUGUCCUCCCUGUCUAGCACAAAAUCUGAAAAAUCACCACAAUCCACAAAUUCUAGCAAUAACAUCACUUCACCACCUAAUUCCAGUAAUAAUUCAAGUGGAGGUAUCACACAAAUGUUUCCACUUAAAUUAGCUGAUAAAAAGAACCAAAUGACACCAAAUCAUUCAAGAACCGGAAGCAGCCCAGCAAUAAUUCAACAACAACCACAACAAACUGGUAAUCCAGCAACAAGAACGAAUACUUAUCCGAAACUGCCGGAACGAUACCGAUUGCGUAACUCAGAUGUUGGCCUUCCGACCAGUACAUUACCCACAUCUUUGGCAAAUUAUCAUCCAUCAUCAACAACAACUGGUCGCAAUGUGAGUGCCUAUGCCUCCAUAAAUCCAUCAUCACCACCACCAAUUGUUUCGCGUUCAUCACCUUCAAACACAAUGUUAACUCAAAAACUGAGUACAGCAUCAACGUGUUCCACCUCAUCGUCAGCCUCCACUGUUAGUAACAGUAGCAGCAACAAUAGUCGUCAAACUUUAACAAAUUCAGGAGGAGCUAUUGAAAAGAAGAAGACUACUAUUCCUCAACAACAACAACAACAUAGCUCUCCACCAGAUGAAGAGGAAAUAUACUUUUGAUAUAUUCCAGUCGAAGUAGAGAUCUAAAAGAUUGAAUAUAAGUAAAAGAACAAAACAGGAAUUGACGAUUUAAAUAAAAAAAAAUAAAUAAAAUGUAUUUUUAAGAAGCUGAAUAAGAAACUUAAGGCUAAGCAUUAAAUAUUUUCGACAUAAGUAUGAAAAAAAAAAAACAAAAAAAAAGGUAAUUUAUAAAAAGCUUUUUUCCUUUUCA